GCAGCGGGGCACGGCGGGGCCUCGCCUGGUCCCGCCUCCCUCCGCGGCUCCCUGCGGGAGCACCUCCAACCCCGCGCAGCGCAGCGCGGCGCUGCCCGCCCGGCUCCUCCCCUCCCCUGCCGCCAGCGCCUUGCUCCCUUCCCACCUGCGAGGCGGUAGCGGCGGCGGCAGGCAGGCGCUCGGAAGCCCCGGCGGAGGCGGCCGGGGCCGGGGGAGCAGUGGCGUCGCCAGGCCGGGAGAUGCGCGGCCCCCAUGCGCGGCCCCGGGCCCUGGCGGGGGGCAGGGGCACCCUGGCUGCUGGUGCUGCCGCUGCUGCUCCCGCCGCCCCCCGCAGCGCUGGCAGGAGAAUUGUAUUGUUCUUUGCCCAACCCUAGGAAUGUCCAUUUUGAAUCCAUAAACAUGAAGAAUGUCCUGCACUGGUCAGCACCAGAAGGCACAGGAGAUGGAGUACUCUACAAGGUGAAGUAUUCAGUAUACGGUGUUGGCAAAUGGAUUAAAAAAUUGGAAUGCAGUAAUAUCAGUAGAACAUGGUGUGACCUCUCCAAUGAAACGUCUGACUAUGAAGAACAGUACUAUGCGAGUGUUAAAGCCUUCCUACAUGGAAUGUGCUCUGACUGGAUGGAGACUACACGAUUCAACCCUCUCACAGAGACUAAAAUUGAUCCACCCAUGGUAAGCAUAUCUUCUACGGAGAAAUCUAUUUCAAUCAUUCUGACUGCUCCUGCGAAAUGGAAGAGAAGUCCUGAGGGAGAAUCCAUCUCUCUGGCUCAGGUAUAUCCUGGCCUGCAAUACAAUGUGUCCGUCCUCAACAAAAAAACAAAGAAACGGUGGUGGUUCUCUGUCAGCAACGACACCUUGGUUGUGCCUUGGUUAGAAUCUGGAACAGCUUAUUGUGUCAGCGCACAGAUACAUGUCACCACGCCACUUUUAAACAGUGGGUUUUCCAAAGAAUAUUGCAUUGCUACUUUGAAAGAUAAAACAGCAGAUCAGACUAUAACAAUCCUAUUUGGAUAUGUUCUGCCUAUCAUUCUGGUUGUCCUUUUUAUUUCAAUGGCAUGCUAUUGUGUGCACAGGUAUAUUCAUGUCAGCAAACAGAAACAUCCAACAAACCUGGUAUGGCACUAUACUGAUAAAUGCAAGGAAAGGGUUUUUAUACCUUGUGAAAAAAUAGUGAUCAACCUUAUCACUAUUAAUGUGGAUGAGCACAAGCCAUCUCAGGAAUCCAUUCAUCUGUCAGAAGGGAAAAGUCCUCAUUAUUACACUGUUUACAGUGGCUCUGAAGGGAAGGAUUUGCCUCCAAAGGAAGUGCUGGAAACAAAACAGUUGUUCGAUAUUUCACAUGAAGUGGAUAUUUUCUCAAAAGGGGACCAAACUAGCAACUGGUCGUCUUAUGGCCAGGCUGGAACUAAGAAUACUUUGAGCCAAAAAAAUGAAGGGAAUAUAGAGUAUGAACUUGAUGUAAGGGCUGAAGACUUCAGUCCUGAUCAGAAGCUAAUGGGACUCUGUUUGAAAGAGAAGUCUUCUGCCCCUAGGGAACUGCUAGGUGAGCCACACCUCGUGGUGGGCUUGGAUAAUAUUAAAGUAUGGCAGCCAUAUUGCCCUCAACUGGAGAUGAGGGCAGCCGAUCCUUGUUUGGGACAGAAACUAGAGGAACUUAAUUUGAAGAUGGUUCCUGCAGCAGGUAAAUUGCCGGGUGAGGCAUGUAUCAAUUUGGUGGACUUGGAUACUGAAAAAUCUGGGCAGACAUCCUAUCCUCCACUGGAAGCAAUAGCACAAAGCCUUCAGGAUCCAGCUGCAUCAAAGGAUCCAGAGAAGGAGAAUGAACAGACCAUAUUAGUAGAUUGGGAUCCUCACACUGGAAGACUAUACAUUCCUACUUUGUCCAGUGUUGAAAAUGAGGCAUGUGAAGCCGUAUUUCAGUGUCAUGACCCUGACAAAGAGGGAAUUUUGUCAAGACUGUAUGAGAAACAGGUAUCUGAUGAAGCAUCAGAGGACCAAGAAAUGUAUCUUCUGCAAUUCAAGGAACAAUGGGAACUGCAUGUAAAAAUGGAAGACUGAACGGUAAUUUUCUAAAAUGUUAUAAAACGCAAAAUCUUGCACUGUCAGAGAAUGAUGGGCUCAGUGGAGCAAAUGCAUCUUAAUGUACUGAAAUUUUUAGAACUGUGACACUGACAAGAACAGUCAAGAACAGGAACAUGCACAGUCCUGAUGUUACCUUACAACAUUCUCUCAAUUGUCAGUUGAACAACUUAUUCAAGAUACAUUAUUUAUAACAAUUUCUAGGCAUUUUAUAAUUGAUUUCAACUCCCAUCAAAAACCUCCCAGGUAAAAUACAAUGGUUAUGAAAUUAUCUUUUUUAAAAAAGAACUAUUUUUACAGAAAACAGUCUGUUAGGAUUUUCAUGGUGUAAUUCUUAUCAAAACAAACUACUUGUGCUUGAAAACAGUUAUUUUUAGCAAAUAAAAAAAUAAAAGCAUUUUCUCUCUGA